AUGGUUGUGGGGCACAGGGACAGGGUAGAACAGGAGGAACACCCGUUGGCGGUGGUGAAUGGAGUGAGCAUGAUGGAGAACAGGGAGUUGAUACGGCUGGAUGUGUCGCGGCUGCAGUGGCCUGACAAAGACAAUGGACCAGCGGCAGAAGCAGUGCAGGAGAUUCUGUACGGGUGGGUCAGGACCAGCGGGCUAGAGUACAAGCAGGGCAUGCACGAGCUGUGUCUGGCGGUGUAUGUGGAGGCGGCGGGUUCUAGGAGCCGCAGUGACGUGAUGUUUCGCGAGAUGAUGGAGUGGUUGUACCCGCUGUUCUAUGCUGACGGCGGGGUGAGCCGGUGGAUAGACGCGGAGCUCAUGCAGUGCGUGCGGCCAGCGGCUGCUGCUGGGCAAGCUGCUGGGCAAGCUGCUGCUGGUGCUGGGCCACUACCACUACUACACCCUCUCCCUCUGAGAAGGGUGGCGGCUCUUUUGGAGCGGUACAGCGGCUCGCACGAAGUGUGGUGCGUGCGUUGGUGUCGGCUGCUGUUCAUGCGGGAGCUGGCGGGUCCGCAGGAGUACUGGCCCGUGUGGCGCGCGGUGAUGCGCGCGGACGCGUCGGCGCGAGGGCGCGUCGUGGCGUGCGUCGCGGUGGUGCUGAUGGCAUGCGUGCUGCCCGAGCUGUGUGCCGCGCAGGACGAGAGCGAGUGGCUGGGCGUGCUGCUGCAUUACCCGGGGCUGCGCGGGGUUUCUGUGGACGAUAUUGUGCUGUGGGCGGCUGAAUUGGAGGCCCAAAGGCAAGAAGUGCCAGAAGUGCCAGAAGUGGGGCCGCCGGUACUAACUCUCGAGGACCGCAUUUUGCAGCAGACCAAUCGAGAAUGGUACGCCAAGCACAAGGACAGCGACAUUUCACGGAUUCGCAUGGAGGCGCGACUCCAACGUCGCGUCAACUGGCGUUUGCACCAGACAGGUCUCAAAUAG